ACCCCUUUUAUUUGAACACAUACAUAUGGUGUGUGAGAGUGAGCAAGCUCUCUGUAAAUGUUUGGAAGGAGCAUCUGUCAGACAAUAAAACUUACAAGAAAACAUGCUUCUCAUUUAAAGUGUAUUCACUAGAACUAUUUCAGUGUUGGAAUCAGUUCAUUUGUAUAGCUUGGAGGCAUUUAUAAGAGCAGAGAACUGUAAAGGCACCAGAAAACUCGAACUGUUACUAAGAAUCCAAGCUAUUUUUUAAAAGCUUUUCGUCUAUUCGGCAUCACAGUCUUCUGAUAGAAACCUGAACCAGUUGACAGACAGGAAACCUCUGAUAGUCCAUCCAAAAAGAUUGCAAACAAGAAGAUGGCAUGCUUUUUGCAAACCUGGAAAGUCUAAAGAUUACAAUAAUUGUUGGACCAAAGGGACCCUCUUCAGGCAUAAAUAGCAAGACUCCUACUGUCUUCUGUUGCAGACCAACUCAGCUGCCAGCAAAAGCAGGUGCUCUCCCCCUACCAGUGCUCCAGAGGAAAUAUUUAGGAAUGGAAAACCUGAUGUUUGUCUACCACUCCUGUAAAGUUAUCUGGACAUUACUUGUAACAAUACUAGGUUAUGCCAGCAGCUUGCCUGUGGGUGACGAUUCUAUUUGCACAGCAGAGGAACUUGCUAAAUACAGCAUAAUCUUCACAGGGAAAUGGAGUCAGACUGCUUUCCCUAAGCAGUAUCCACUUUACAGGCCCCCAGCACAGUGGUCAUCAAUGCUAGGUGUUACUCAUAGUUCUGACUACAGCAUGUGGAAAAAAAAUGAAUAUGCCAGCAAUGGUGUACGUGAUUUUGCUGAAAAGGGUGAAGCGUGGGUAUUAAUGAAGGAAAUAGAAGAAGCUGGAGAGAAAAUUCAGAGUGUACAUGGAAUCUUCUCUGCUCCUGCCAUUUCCAGUGGUACAGGCCAAACCUCCACUGAAUUAGAAGUGCAUUCAAGACAUCCCUUAGUUUCAUUUGUUGUACGAAUUGUUCCAAGCCCCGACUGGUUUGUGGGUAUCGACAGCCUAAAUCUCUGUGAAGGAGACCACUGGAUGGAAGAAGUAUCAGUAGAUCUAUUUCCAUAUGAUGCCGGAACUGACAGUGGUUUCACAUUUUCCUCCCCAAACUUUGCCACUAUUCCACAGGACACAGUUACAGAGAUCACUUGUUCCUCUCCAAGUCACCCAGCAAACUCAUUUUAUUAUCCCAGACUCAAAAUUUUGCCACCGAUCGCUCAAGUAACAAUGGUGAAAUUAAAGAAAAACCAGCUGGGUCUUCCUGCACCUUAUCUUGAUAUUCCAGCUAAAAGCAAUGAAAUAAUAGACUCUGUCUCAGAAACACCACUGGACUGUGAGGUUUCACAAUGGUCUUCCUGGGGUCUCUGUAGAGGUGCUUGCAGAAAAACAGGGACCAAGAUCAGAACUCGUUUUGUACUUCUUCAGCCUGCGAACAAUGGAAUGCCUUGUCCAAAUCUGGAUGAAGAAACAGGAUGUGAACCAGAGAAUUGUGUCUGAAAUAAAGAAAAUAUAAUAAUUUAGAUAAUUUAAAAGUAGGAUAAGUUUAACUAAAUCUAAACUAUAUGUCAAUGUUCCUUAUAAUUCAGGUAUGCUGCACUAUUUUGCUGGAAAGGUAUAUUAGACUGGUUUUGAAAGUUGUUGUUUAAUAUCAAGAUUUGGGGGGUUAAAUUCCUAAGGUUUAGUAUGACAACAGUACUUGAUCAUUCACAGACCAAACACCCCAAAUAAAUCCUUGCUAUAAAUAUACUCUAAGUUCUUGGAGUACCCUCUAGUGGCAGAAAAGGAGACAUUUGGAAAGAUUAUCUUUCACGCAUGUAAAAAUCUUUCAAUCACGAAAUCUAAAGUAAUAGCAUUCUUAAAUACUGUAAUUUGUUGAUCUACAGCUAUUUAUACCUAGAAAUUAAUUUUUUCUCUAAAUUAUGUUUUUAUAAUUUAUUGGCAUUUUUGUCGUCUUUCUAAACAUUUUUAACAUGCAUUUCUUCAGAAACUACUUACAUAAAUCAGAGUGACCAGAUGUUUGCUGUAUGGUAAAGACUAUAAUAUAACAGAGUAAACUUGUCUUGAGACUUAUGAAUACAUGAAAAUGUCUUUCUUCUUCUUUUUUUCUCAAAACUGAGAACAAUAUCUGUCAUGAGGACACUCGGCCAACAAAAUUACUAGAAAAUUCUCAGAAGUGUGGAUACCAGUAGAAAACCUCUGAACUUAAUUGUUAGCUGAGAUUUAAAAACUGACUGAUUGUUGGCGUGUGUCCCUCAUGAGACAACUAUCUCAAAGUUAACACUGUUUACCAUAACAUAAAUUAUAUAAUUGUCUUUAUAUAUGCAGUAAAUGUGUUUAUGUUUCUCGAAAAGUUUGCUACUAUUUGUAUUGUUGUAACCUUUUUAAAGAGAAAACUUACCAAUGUUUUAAUAUUAUCUAAACCUGAAGUAUACACAGAUAUAACAAAACUCAAUAUGUCAGAAAGUGUUCCUGUUGGAAAGUUUUAAUGCUGAAAUAAUUGUUAUAAAACAAACGUAACAUACGGCUUAUAAAGACAUGUGUCUAUCAACUAGAAAAGGGAUUUUGGAAUAACACUGUUCAAUAGAAUAUGUUUAUAGUCAGCCCAUAAAAGUUUUACA